GGUGUGCGCCUGCGCGCAGAGGGGCCGACAUUCCCUUUGGGCGAAACUGCCCGCCAGUGAGACUGUGAGUGAGAGAAUAAAGUGAAGUGACGUGAAAUGCACGUGAAGAGCUAGUCAAAGGCUACCCUUAUCCCUACGCCAGGAAACUAUCCCUUUAAGACGGGGAUUUGUUCCCAAAAUGGCUUUUCCUCCCGGGAUUCUGUGAGGAACGUUGUGACGAGAGAGAGAGUGCGCACACAUGAGUGGGGGAGGAGGGGCAGAGGGAGAAAGAAUCCCAAGAGGCUCCACGCUCAGCACAGAGCCCAACAUGGGGCUCAAUCCCACGACCCUGAGAUAAUGGGACCUGAGCCAAAAUCAAGAGAUGGAUGCCUAACCAACUGAACCAACCAGAUGCCCCCAAAUAAGCUCCUGGCAAACACCAUUCCACUCUUCAAUUCCGUGAAUUUGACUAUUUUAGAUACCUCCUACUCUGAGGUUAUUCUGCUACAAAGCGUGGCUCUCUUUCCUACUACAGCUGUCCUCUCUCCACAUUUGACUUCAUCCUGGGUGCCCGACUGGCUGCAUCAUCCACAUGUUUGGAGCUGCUGCACUUUGGCAAUAUUUGAAGCAUUGGCAGGACGUUACCCUGUGAGUUGCUAUGAAGAGAGGAAACAAGACUUUGGGGACUUUGUAGAGGAAGGAAAGAAAGAGCAAGAAGAGCUGAGAGGUAUCCUGAGAUGAGGGUCUUGAUCACCUACCAGAUGUCUAGUAAACAACUCCAGGCUCCCACAGACCUAUUCAUCAGACAGUUCAAGUGGCACAUGACUGUGGUUGUGGGAUCAGUCAUUGCAAUUUGUAUCUUGUACAUCAGAGUUUCCUGGCAUGACACCACCGUUCCUCUGCCCCCACAGCCCCACCCACCCCGCAAGUCUUCUGGCUCUCUCCCCCAGGAGCUCUCGGACCUGACCCAUCUUCUGCACUGGCCUCCCACCCUGGGAGAUGGGGGGGACCUUUUGGCCUCCACCAGUCCCCAGACCUCCACCUACCACCUGAGGGGACCUCCCCAGGCCAGCUACACCCUGGGAGGCUACCUGGAGGCCAUUCUUGUCGCAAGAGACCACUGGGGCAGGCCCAAGACCCAUGGUGGGGAUCUGUUUCGGGCACAGCUCCUGGGUCCCUACCUGAAGGCAGGAGUCCCUGGAGAUAUCCAGGAUCUGGAGAAUGGCACCUACCUGUUGUCCUUCCCCCUGCUCUGGGCUGGACAGGCCCAGGUGCAAGUACGGCUGAUCCACUCCAGCGAGGCAGUCAGAGUCCUGCGGAGAAUCUGGAGAGACCAGUGGGCCACGGUCGAUUUCACGGGCUAUUUCCGAGGACCCACAGGAUAUGAAGAAAUUGUGACUUGCAAUGUUAACCCCCUGCUAACUGGGGAGGAAGAAUCUACCUGUCACUACAGGGAUGAAGAUUCUGGUGAGCUCUGGUUCUGUGCUCGACCCCCCACCCUGCCCUGUGACUCACUGGUAGGGCAUUCAAGUGGACAUUAUUGGAAUGUGACCACACCACACGAGGAGGCCCUGCUGGCAUGGAAUGUGACAGACAAGGUCCUCCCUCAGGGUAUUUCUCCAAUCUGGGUGGCCAAGGAGAGCAACAAGAGUCUGGUUCUAUCCCCUCAACAACCGUGCCACCCUGGGAUCCCGGGCCCAAAGCCCUCUGGCUUCUAUCACCGAGCUGUGUGGCACUCAUUGUCCUGCUCUGGCCGCUCCUUCUCCACUGUUGACAGCAUCCUGGGCUGCCUGGCUGGCCACAUCGUCCACAUGAUAGGGGACUCCACGCUUCGGCAGUGGUGGGAGUACCUGCGUGACACCGUGCCCUCCCUGAAGCCUGUGGAUCUACACGCCACAUAUCAGACGGGGCCCCUGAUGGCAGUGGAGACCACUCGGGGCAUCGUGCUGCACUGGCGGGCCCACAGCUGGCCCCUGCGCUCCCUGCGCACACCAGUGGCCUCCCUGCACUCUGUGGUCCGGGAGCUAGGGGGCCUGGCCGGGGGCCCCCACACAGUGGUGGUGCUGGGCCUGGGCUCCCACUUCACCACCUUUCCCCCAUCUGUCUUUGUGCAACGACUCGCGGGGAUCAGGGCAGCGGUGGCUGCGCUGCUGGCCCGGGAGCCCCGCACUCUCGUGGUCAUCAAGCUGGCCAACACUGGCUACAAGUCCGUGUAUGGCAGUGACUGGUUCACCCUCCAGGUGAACCGGCUUCUCCGAGCUGCCUUUGCUGACCUCCGUGUGGCCUUUGUGGACGCCUGGGAGAUGACCUCCAGUCUGGCCCUGCCCGACAGGAUCCACCCAGGGCGGCUUAUCGUCCGCAGUGAAGUCAACUUCUUCCUGUCCUUCAUUUGCCCCACUUGAGUGCUUCUGCAGGUCCUGAGCUGUCUGGAUGGAGAAGCUGAUGGGAUGAUCAAGCCUGGAAGCCCUUCCCUUCAGCUGCCCUCACCUCUUCUCUUACUUUAUUAAUGCCCAGGCCAUAUAUCAACCAGCAAGAAUUGGGAAUGUGCGUCGUGGCAGGUGAGGGAAGCCUGGCAGUGGUCCAGCAACAUCUAUCACAUCCGUGCAUAUAAGGAUUGUCAUUUUAUGUGCCAGAGUCUCCAUUUAGAGUGUCAACGAGCCUUGCAAAAAUAUGAGAGGGAUUCUAUUUCAGUUCAUCAGAGCCACCCUAGUGGGGAGCCCAACAAUAUAUAUAUAUAUAUAUAUAAAGACUUUUAUGGAUUGAUUUAUAAAAUAAAAUAUCUCCUGGUUAUAAAAGUAAUACAUGCUUUUUGUAGAAAAUUUUAAAAAGUACCAAAAAAUUAACAAUGAAAAUAAAAAUCACCUAGAAUCCCAUGGUUGGGAGAUAAUCACUGUUAAAAUACCUAUAUUUUCAAUAAUUUCUCAAUGCAUAAAAAAAAGAAAAUCUAUCCCUCCUCCUUUUGUUUUAUUUACUUGAGAUAUACAUGAUGAGUUUAUUCUGAGGUUCUAAUGACACUAAAGAGGAUUUUGGUGUGCCCUUGGUCAGUCCAGAUCCUUCGAGAGGCAAGUGUCAAGACAGGAGUAGAAGAGCAAAGUUGUUUAGAGGAAACAUCUAUGAGAGAUAAUGCAGAGGAAGCUAGGUGAGGCUGGGAGAGCUCAUCAGACUGGAUGUAAGGUUGACUUGGAGUAAAGAAGAGAGGAAGGAAGAUCCGGUAGAAGCAUGCUAGACCCCAGUGCAGGCUAAGGGAAUUUUGGCACGACCAGUGGGAAGUCCUUGAAUCAAAGUUGACCAUCAGAGGAAUCCUGCAUGUCCCAGGAAGGGGCCAGCCUCAGUAUCCCUGCCGUACUCCACCACUGGCUAGUAGCAGCCCAUGGCAAGAGCGGCCUCCCUGUGAGGGAUGUCAGAGGAUAGCAGCUGGGGCCCUUGGUCAAGUAUGAGCCCUAUAGUCUACCACAAAGGGAACAAACAUUUCAAAUAUGUCAUAACUCAGGAAAUAUAGUUGAUUUUCUAAAGGAAUGACGAAAGUCAAACUUCAGUCAAACAAGAGAUUACUGAUUUGAUCCAGCAAUUCCACUUCUGGGUAUUUAUCUGAAGGAAAGGAAAACACUAGCUCAGAAAUAUAUCUGUACCCCCACCUUCACUGAAUGCAGCAUUAUUUACAAUAGCCAAGAUAUGGAAGCAACCUAAGUGUCCACCAGUGGAUGAAUGGAUAAAGAAAAUGUGGUGUAGGGGCGCCUGGGUGACUCAGUUGGUUAAGCAACUGCCUUCGGCUCAGGUCAUGAUCUCAGGGUCCUGGGAUCGAGCCCCGAAUAUCGGGCUCCUGGCUUGGCGGGAAGCCUGCUUCUCCCUUUCCCACUCCCCCUGCUUGUGUUCCCUCUCUCACUGUCUCUCUCUCUCUCUGUCAAAUAAAUAAAUAAAAUCUUAAAAAAAAAAAAGAAAAGAAAAUGUGGUGUAUAUGAGACAGUCAAGGACCAUGGAAACAAGGCACUCCGGUGGACUCUUACCUUUUUUCUGCAGAGCAUGAACCAAGGAGCGAACCCAGACCGCUUCAAACUGAUCUGAGAUUGGAUGGUUGCCAAAAUUGACCUUUCACUGACUUCCCUCCUCAUUUUAAUGCUAAAAAACAUGCCCAGAGGUGGAGACUUAACAUGCAAAUAAAAGUCCAGUGUAUGAAGAAGGAUGUUCUGUCAACUGCACCUGCAUGCCCACUUUCCUGGGAUUCCCUGCCUGGACAUUCUUUUUUCAUACUUUUUUUUUUUUUAAGAUUUUAUUUGAGAGAGAGAGACACAGCGAGAGAGGGAACACAAGCAGGGGGAGUGGGAGAGGGAGAAGCAGGCUUCCUGCUGAACAGGGAGCCCGAUGUGGGGCUCGAUGCAGGGCUCGAUCCCAGGACCCUGGGAUCAUGACCUGAGCCGAAGGCAGACCCUGAACGACUGAGCCACCCAGGCGCCCCCUGCCUGGACAUUCUUGAGCAUCAUUCCUUUUUCCCACCUCGGCCCCUUGAAAACUUUCCCUGGCUAUUGUUUGGAAAACCAGUCUGAUACCUUAGUCGUGACUGUGUCUCCCUCCGGUGGCAGCUGCUGUCCCAAUAAAGCCUUGCCUGUACCUUUAAAUUUGGGGUCCAGCCUCAUUUCUACCAUAGCUGGGUCCAAGGACCAGAGUCUGGUAAUGAGUCUGGUAAUGUAUAUACACAAUGGAAUAUUAAUCAGCCAUAAGAAAGAAAGAAAUCCUGCCAUUUGCAACAAUAUGGUUGGAUUUUGAGGGCAUUAUGCUUAGUGAAAUGCACCAGACAGAGAAAGACAAAUGCUAAAUGAUCUUACUUACAUGUGGAAUCAGAAAAAACAAACAACAACAAACAAACUCAUAUGGAGAACAAAGCGGUGGUUGCCAGAGGUGGGGAAGGGGGCACCAUGGGUGGAGGGGGUCAAAAAGUAGAAACUUCCAGCUAUAAGAUAAAUAAGUCCUGGGGAUAUAAUAUACAUCAUGGUGACUCUGGUUCAUAAUACUGUAUUAUAUAUAUGAACACAGUUAAGAGUAGCUCUUAAAAGUUCUAACAGCAAGAAAAAAUUUUUUAGCUAUGUUGGAGAUGGGGUCAACUAGACUUAUUGUGGUGAUCAUUUCAAAAUAAUACAAAUAUCAGAUCAUUAUGUUGUAUACCUGAAGCUAAUACAACGCUAUAUGUCAAUUAUAUAUAUAUAUACAUAUACAUAUAUAUAUAUAUAUAUAUAUAUUUUUUUUUUUAAUGAGACAGAAACAGCGAGAGCAGGAACACAAGCAGGGGGAGUGGGAGAGGGAGAAGCAGACUUCCUGCUGAGCAGGGAGCCCGAUGCAGGACUCGAUCCCAGGACCCUGGGAUCAUGACCUGAGCCGAAGGCAGCCGCUUAACGACUGAGCCACCCAGGCGCCCAUAUUAUAUUUCAAUUAAAAAAAUUAAAAGUUUUCUUGGGUUAGUCGUGUGAUAGACUUUUCCCAAUGACCUAUUUGUGUUCUUAGACAAAGGAAUGUUGUCUAAUUCGGCAUUGCCGUCAAUAGAAAAUAAAUUACUUGGAAAUAUUAUAACAAAUACUUAGUGAUUUUGCUGAAAAAAAAUAAAUUUUACAACAUAAAUAUAUAAUACUUGAAAUUCCGCAUGUCUUUAAAAGUCCUGCAAAUAUCGCCACCCCAAAGCAGAUCAUCCAGGCUCAUGUAAUAAUAAUCAAUACAGUUGUCUUUGUUUUGCUAACUAUCAUUUGUGUAAAAACACAUUUCUCAAUUUUGUAUUAGGAAGGUAUACUUCUCUGGGCAGAGAGAGAUUAUUUGGCAGAUUAUGAUAACUUAAAUAUUUUGACAUAAGGCAUGGGGCUCUGGUAGGGCUCUGGCCCAGGUCUCACAACUGAUAGGGGCAAACCCACCAUCCGAAAGGAAGGUGACAGGCCACAGUGAACCUGACCACAGCCCUACAAGGCGCACCCCCGCUGGCCAGAGGGACCCCAGGCGCCCCCACGUGACCGCACUCUCCUUGCUCCCCCUCCCCCCCC